UUCAUUCUUUCAAAAGACAUGGCAGUGUUUACAUGCCAAUAUUUUUGUUUUAUCGUGGCUCUCUUUGCAAUCUCUUUGAAACCAUGCUAUUGCCAUAAUGGAACCCACUGGAACACCGCCGGCAUAACUUGGUAUGGUGAACGAGAAGGUUUUGGUAGUUCAGGAGGAGCUUGUGGAUACGGUGAUGCAGUUGCAAAACCACCAAUCGACUGUAUGAUUUCAGCCGGAGGACCUUCAAUAUACCAAGAUGGCAAGGGUUGUGGGACAUGUUAUGAGGUCGUAUGCGACCAUCCGUUUUGCACGCAAAGGCCGGUCAAGGUGAUGAUAUCGGAUGAGUGUCCCGGCUGCACGAAAUCGGCGGUCCAUUUUGAUCUUAGCGGUAGGGCCUUUGGUGCAUUGGCCAAACCUGGCCAAGGCGAUCAAUUACGUAACCUUGGAGAAUUAAAGGUCAAGUACAAGCGUGUAUUUUGCGAACACCAUAAUAGUAAAAUAGCUAUUCACAUUGACCCCGGAGCAAAUCCAUACUACAUGUCGUUCGCUGUUAAAUUUGUAAAUGGUGACGGAAACUUUGAAUGUGUGGAGAUCCAGCCGGCCGGCGAAACAUACAUAAAAAUGGAGGCGAUGAGAUCCGCCGUUUGGAAACUUAACGCCGGUCGUGCAUUAAAAGGUCCUUUCGAUGUUCGGCUUACCUCCGCUGUGACCAAAACAGUGCUAGUGGCUAAAUGUGUUAUCCCGGAAAAAUGGAAUCCCGGUGCUAUUUACCAUUCCCAUGUUAACUACGCCGUGCCCAAGUUCGUUCAUAAGAAACCCGUUCACCCCAAACCCAUCCACCACAAACCCAUCCACCCCAAACCCAUUCACCACAAACCCGUUCACCCCAAACCCAUCCACCAUAAACCCAUUCACAACAAACCCAUCCACCACCAUAAACCCAUCCAUCACAAACCCAUCCACCGUAAACCCAUCAGCCGUAAACCCAUUCACCGGAAACCCAUCCCCCGCCGCAAACCCAUCCACCGCAAACCCAUUCCCCGCAAAUCCAUUCACCGCAAACCCAUGCCCCGCAAACCCAUUCCCCGCAAACCCUGCCACCACAAACCCCCUCACUAGACACACAAAUGAUAACAUUUUUCCCCUUCAAACAAAUUGUUAUGUUUGAAAAAAAAAUGGCGUUGCAACUUUUGCAAAUGAUAGUAAUUAUUUUAAAAUUAUAACAUUGUAUAUGUAGUUAAGUUCAUGUGGGUUUAGUGUUGUAGUCUCUCGGCCUCAGAAGCCCACGAUGUUGUAAAUAUAGAACCCAUGCUAUUAUUGGCUUAGCGGUUUGCUUUGAAUAUGGAACAUAGUCUUUAC